AUGGCAGUGCACGAGCUGAAGUGUAAGGUCAAUGCUGCGGGCUUCGAGUUGCCGAAAGAUGGCAGCAGUUCGCCAGUCGGCAGAAAGUCCCCUGCACGCACAGUCACGAUUGGUCGAACCGGCCUAUCGAGGACUGGCACUGCAGAGCUAUCCCAUGGUGGCCACGAGGAUGGGGAGGCGUUCGACCAGAGCACCUUCAGCCUGAGAUCCCACAUCAAGACCGGCAACACCCUCAUCGACGUUUGGCCCGUGUGGAAGGAUCUUUCCGAGGGUGGGGACUUGAUCAGGGACAUGGCCAAGGAGAAGUCGAUGCUCGUCAAGGCACAGCAGCAUGGGUCUGAGGGGCCCCAGCUCCUUCGGUGUGAAACUUCGCUUCCCAGCGUACCAUCGAAUUCCUGGGUCAUCAGGCCCUCCAGCUUCAAGUUCCUCUUCUGGAACCUUCUCUUUCUCCUCGUCUUGUUCUACGACUGCGUCAGCUUCCCACUGUCGGCCUUCAACAUCGAGCACCUCUUCAUCAUUCCGAAUCUCGUUGCGGCUUCUUUCUGGACGGCUGACUUUUGCCUAUCCUUCUUCGUGGGGUACGACACUCCGGAUGGGGUCGUGGAAGCACGAUUGUCCAAGACGGUGGGGCGCUACGCCAGGACUUGGAUGCUCCCGGAUCUCGUCGUCAUCGUGGUUGAUUGGAUCAUGCUGGGUACAGCCCUAAGUUCUCAGCUCGACGACACGGGGCCGAACCCAGCAGGCUUCGCGCGCAUUGGCAAAUCCGUUCGAUAUAUGAGGAUCAUGAGGGUUAUGCGAUUGCUGCGCCUGCGAAAGUUUCAGGAGGCCCUUCACCAGUUUGACGAGUUCAUAAAUCUGCAAUAUUUCUCCAUUGUCCAAAAACUCAUCAUGAACAUGGUGUGGAUCCUGCUUUUAUCACACUUCAUUGGGUGUGGCUGGUACGCCAUUGGCAUGGAGAUGCUCAAUAGCAUCGAGGGGUCGUGGGUGACUGCCAACGGCUUCCAGCAGGAGGAGUUGAUGUACAAGUACUUGACUUCUCUGCACUGGUCAAUCACGCAGUUCACGCCCGGGUCGAUGAACGUGCAACCCGUUAACAGCAUCGAGCGCCUAUACAGCGUGAUUGUGCUGGUUCUUGGAAUGGUGGUCUUCUCUUCUACAGUGAGCUCCAUCACUGCGGCGACCAACAACCUCAAAGACAUCAAUGCGGUCUACAAGCACCAGAUUUGGACUUUGCGUCGCUACUUCCGCGAGCAGAAGAUCUCUGCCCAACUUACGAGCAGGGUCUUGAGAUACACGGAGUCGAUUGUCAAACCCAAGUACCAGAAGGUGGACGUGGGGCAGGUCAAGAUCAUGGCCAUGCUUCCACAGAUGUUGACCAAGGAAGUCAAUCUGGAGAUCUACGAAAAGCACUUGGUUAUCCAUCCCCUCUUUCAGUCCCUGAGUGACAACAGUGUCGGCUUGAUGCAGAAGAUCUGCUCGAACGCCCUCAAGGAGUCUGUCCUGGACAAGGGAGAGAUGAUCUUCGGCCCAGGGCAGGUCUGCAGCGCGAUGUACUUUGUGACCGUGGGCGUGUUGGAGUAUUUCUUUUCGAAGGAGACAUUGCCCCACAUCAUCAACAAGAAAAUGUGUUUCUGCGAGGCAGUCCUCUGGACUCCUUGGGUUCAUCAAGGGAGGAUGUAUGCGCGCAAUGAGUCAACAGUCAUCGCCAUGGAUGCCAAGCAGUUCCACGAUGUCGCGCAGUCUUUCAGCGCUGAUAUGGAGCUCUUGAAGGUUUACGGCCGAGAAUUCGUGUUCUCCAUGAACGAAGUGGCUGGCAACUUUACAGAAGAGGAGGAGGACGACGAAGAUCUUUCGGACCUCUUUCAUUCCGAAAAGGCGGUAAACACUCUUCCAGGCAAGCGAGCCUUCGAGGAGCCCUACUACAAUCCUUAUCUUCGAGGAUUCAAAAACACGGUGGUGCGCAGCUUGCUGUCUCCGCCAAGUAGCCCAACUUGGAAGGUGCCGGAGGGCAUUAAUUCCCAAGAUUUGCCUAGCCUUGCCGCCAGAGAGGAAAGCAGCGAGGCAGAGAUUGAGAGCCACAAGUCAGAGAUUGUUGGCGAGAGGUGCUGA